AUGGAAGAGGCAAAGUUUAAAAAUGCGUCCCAGCCAGGCAACAUUUUCAAUACCAUUGGAGCAAUUCAGCAAAAAAACCAUGACCUUAAGUCUUUGCUUCCAGAAAAGGGAAAGCUUCAUGAGAAUGAUGAAGAGAGCAUUAAACAGAAUCUCGACACAGUUUUGUUCCUAAGCCAACAAGUGAACACUGAAUUGCUGGAAAAGAUCAAAAGUGCGAAAGAGAUACUUCAAGCGACAACUGAAAUAAUCUCUGCUCUAUGUGAACCACAUCGAUUAAGUGUGGGCCACAGAGGAAGUGCCGCUCACUUCAGUUAUCUGGAAAGGACUAACAAUUUUCUAAACCGUGUUAUCGUGAGUUAUAAAAGUGUAGAAAACAGUCUGCAUAAUAUUGAUUGCUGUACCAGUGAGGGCAUACAUGCUUCCUGUAUCUCAAUACAAAGCCAGCUGUUACCCAACUCAGAGCAUACGCAGCAUAAUCAGAAUUCAGGAAGAGAAAAGAAGAUGGAAGGUGAAGAAAUCUUACAAACACCUCUGAGUAAUUCCACAAAUAAUCAGGUAAUUUCUGAGAAUAAACAUCACAGCUUGGCAGCAGAAAGGGAAAGCAGUCUUCAACUGUCCAGUCACAGCAAUUUUCAACCAGCCCAAAAUGAAGUAACUGAAGUAACUGUCGGAAUUAAAGAUGAUAAUUUUCAGACAGCAGAUGUGAGCUAUCAAGGCCAAAAGGGAGUGAAAAAUCUGCCCGGAAUUCUGACCCCAGAUGAAAUAGAGGAUCAGUCUAGAGCAAUAAAGGAAACGAGUUGCAACCCUGAAGUCAAGGACACUGAUGGAAUUUUAAAAUCCAGAUCAGUUGGUCAUAAAUGUGGAGGUGAGGAAAUCCAUCUUCCUGCUUUUUCAGAAACUGGUGAAGUUGCUGAAAAAAAAUUGAACACAUUAAAUGAUAAAAAUGAGAUGAUUAUUGAAUGUCCAGCUGAAGCUGUGAAAAUGGAAGAGCGGAAAGACUGGUCCCAAAGAGAACUUUUUGCAGAAAUGAAUGGUAAAGAUGAUCCUCAAACUGCCUGUUAUGUCACAGCACCUUUAAUUGUAGUUCAGAAAUUGUUAUGCAGAAUACUCAACAAUAGGAGCCCAAUGGUUGUAAAUGAUGGUGAAGAACUGGUUAGUAAUGUGAUCAGCAUUGAGUGUACAGACUCCAAGAUAACGAUUCCAUUUCCUGUCAAAAUUGCUAUGCCAUUCAGUGCACGCUACCAGGGCAAUUAUCGUGAGAUUAUGGUAAAAGUGUUGGAUGCCACUCCAUAUUCAUGUUAUAUAAGUCCUAUUUCCUCAGACAGAAUCUACAGUGGACACAGUAAGGGAUCGUGUGCAGAGAUUAAGAUAUAUAAACUUGGUAUCUUUUCUGUUGUGUCCUGCUUAAGAAAAGAGACGUUUACCGUACCGAGAAAAGGUUUAUCCUUAAAAUUGAGCAUGGAUUCAAGAAUUACACUGAAUUAUCUCCCUGGGUCAUUCAGUACACCUGUGGUUGUUCAAUCAAAGGUUCAACCAAUUGAUUCAACGCUGUUGUCUGGACUAAAAUCAAGACAAGAUAUAUAUCAUCCUAUAAUCUCUACAAGUCCCCUUGUUCAUAUUAAACAUCCAUCAACUCUGCAGUUCCGAAAAUCAAUUAUGGUCACUUUGCCCUGUCCACCAAACCCAGACAAGAAGAAAUUAGGAGACGAGAAAGACAACGCUCGAGCAGCCACAGCCAUGGUGCACAGAAGCAGCAGUCAUCGGAUUCGAUUAAAGAGUGCACCUGUAAAAAGGCAUGGAGAGGCAAUCAACGAACCCUUAAAACUGCUGGGAUUUAAUUCCAAGACUGAUGAAUGGUUGAUAAUGGACAACGUAACCAUGAAAGAUAUGCAAAAUGGGUUAGUUGCAUUUGAAAUUGCAGAAAAUCUAGACAGAUUUAUAGUCCUUCGUUUAUCAUCUUCAGUGGAUAAUAGUUGCUUGAUUCCUUUUAUACAUGAAUUGGAAGAGGCAAUCCGAUUUACCAUGGUUAAUAUUAUUAUGUACCACAAAAGGGAAAAUUCCCACCACAAUGUAGUCCAGAUGGUGCCUUCCAGAGAUUUACAAUGGGAAUUGGCGAAAUUGCGUGAAGAGGGAUACAGAGGUCCACCCGAGCCAUCUGAAGAGCUCCCAAUGAGAGAAGGCGAGCAGAUUAUACUCAAGUUUAGUGGCAACAUUAAAUCAUUAGGUAAUGAUCAAGAUAUGACACAAGGCCAUCCAUUAAUAUUCCACUCCCAGCGGAGAUCCAGGCUGGAACUUGAUCUGACUGUAGUGGAUGAGUUUGGCAAUUACUGCUCUCCUCACUACAAGGGGAUGGCAAUAUUUUACAAGGUAACUAAAGAAGAUCUAGCCCAACAAUUGGAUGGGGGCUACCACAUGGUGAAUCAGCAGCACUACAAUCCUGUAUGCAAACUGGCAUUAACAUUGCCAAAGAUGAGGCGUUCUUCCUCCAGGCCCUCCACCACUUCCUCUGGCAGCGCAUUCCCUACACAAUCCACAUCUGGGAAUCUGCUUUACUGGCUGGCGUCAGAGCUUUCUGAAGAAGAUGCCAUGAUGCUUGUGACCUCCCUACGAAUUCGGCGCAGCGCCAUUCAACUUGUCAAGUUGAACAAUCCGGAUGAUUUAACAGAUCAGAUUUUCAAAAUGCUCAACAUGUGGAAAAAGCUUCUGCCAACAUCCAUAAAUAAAGUACAGAUCCUUUCCCGCCAUUUGAAAAGGUGUGGCAGGGAAGAUUUGGCCGAAGAGUUAUGGUCCAAACAGGAUUCUGAGGAGAAAUGA